CUGGUAAAUUGGGAGAUAUCAAAGAUCUGGCUGAAGGCAGGCGUAAUCAUCUUUGAGGAAUGCCCCUCACUAUGGGGAAAGGCAGACUUCCUCACUCAAGUUUCGUGCUACUUCUCCUUGUCCUGUUUUCUACCAAUGCCUCAAACUCUGCAGAACCGCAGUAUAUGGUGCUGGUCCCCUUCUUGCUCCACACUGGAACCCCUGAGAAAGUCUGCCUCCUUCUGAGUCACUUGAAUGAGACAGUGACUCUAAGUGCUUCCUUGGAGUCUCUCAGGGAGAACAGGAGCCUCUUUGCUGACUUGGUGACAGAGAAGGACUUAUUCCGCUGUGUCUCCUUCACUCUCCCAAGGAUCUCAUCCUCUUCAGAGGUGGUUUUCUUCACUGUCCAGAUAAAGGGACCAACACAAGACUUCAGGAAGAGAAAGACAGUAUUGGUAAAGAAUGAUCAAAGUCUGGUCUUUGUCCAGACAGAUAAACCCAUCUAUAAACCAGGACAGACAGUAAAAUUUCGUAUUGUCUCUGUGGAUGAAAAUUUUCACCCCCUGAAUGAACUGAUUCCACUGGUAUACCUUGAGAACCCAAAAAGGAGUCGAAUUGGACAAUGGCAGAAUCUCAAGUUAGAGAGUGGCCUCAAACAAUUAGCCUUUCCCCUCUCAUCAGAGCCAAUUCAGGGCUCCUACAAGGUGGUGGUGAAGAGGGAAUCAGGCGGACAUAUAGAGCACUUCUUUACUGUGGAGGAAUUUGUGGUUCCCAAGUUUGAGGUCAAAGUUCAAGUCCCAAAGAUAAUCACUGUCAUGGAUAAAAAAGUGAAAAUAUCAGUAUGUGGAAUAUACACCUAUGGGAAACCUGUCCCAGGACUUGCAACUGUGCGCGUGUGCCGAAAUUCAUUUCGAUCUUUUUACUGUAAAAAAAAUGUCUGUGAAGAAUUCAGUCAACAGCUCAAUAGCAAUGGCUGCACCACUCAAGAAGUAAAUACAGGCUUGUUCCAUAUUAGAUCUGCGGGUUUGGAAAUGCAACUUAAUGUGGAAGCCAAGAUCAGAGAAGAGGGAACAGAACUAGAGUUCACUGGACAUGGGACCAGUAAAAUCACAAACAUUGUAACCAGACUCAAGUUUGUGAAAGUGGAUUCACACUUUAGACGAGGAAUACCCUUCUUUGGACAGGUGCUUCUGGUGGAUGAAAAUAAUGUGCCCAUCUCCAAUAAACUCGUCUCCAUCUUUGCAAAUGAAGUCAAUUACUUUUUCAACGCAACCACCAAUGAACAGGGUCUUGCACAGUUUUCAAUCAAUACUACCAACAUAUUGAGUAGCCAAUUUUUUAUUACAGCCCACCAUGAGAAACCUAACAUGUGUACUAACUAUGCAUGGCUAGAAGAAGAGCACCAGACAGCUUUUCACACUGCGAGUCAAGUUUAUUCCUUAAGUGGAAGCUAUGUUCAGGUGGAGCCUGUGGAUAGUACCCUGCCCUGUGGCCAAACACAGACUAUCAAGGCACACUACAUACUCAGGGGGUCAGCCACUGGGGAACUAAAGGAGCUCACUUUCUAUUACCUGAUCAUGGCUAAGGGAGGCAUCAUCAGAUCAGGAACACACGUGCUGCCUGUAGAGCCAGAAGAUGGCAGUUUUUCCUUAUCCAUCCCUGUGACGUCAGACAUUGCUCCCAUUGCACGAUUGUUCAUCUUUACUGUUUUACCAAAUGGAGAAGUUAUUGGAGAUUCAGAGCGUUUUGAGAUUGAAAACUGUCUAACCAACAAGGUGGAUUUGAGCUUCAGCCCAGCACAAAGUCUUCCUGCCUCACGUGCCCACCUGCGCGUCACAGCUUCUCCUCAGUCCCUCUGUGCCCUCCGCGCAGUGGACCAGAGCGUGCUGCUCAUGAAGCCUGAGGCCGAGCUGUCCCCGUCCUCGGUAUAUAACCUGCUCACUACGAAGGACCUCACUUAUUUCCCUGAAAAUUUGGAAGACCAGGAAGAAAGACAAGCACGCUGUGGUUAUAAUUAUAUCUUUGGUCAAAGAAUGGACAUUGAAGGAGAUAUCUAUAGCUUUCUAAAGGGCAUGGGAUUAAAGGUGCUCACCAACUCUAGAGUCCGAAAACCAGAGUCAUGUUCGAUGCCUAACCAACCCAUAGCAGCAAGAGUUCUAGCAGAUCCUAUACCACAUAGAGGUUUACCUGGUUUACCAGGUGCAGCAAGUCCAUAUAUUCCUCAAUCUAUGGCAUAUAAUGUAAUGUAUGAAAGUAAUAUUCAACGUCCAGAGCCAGUCUCUGAAACGGUGCGGAGUUAUUUUCCUGAGACCUGGAUCUGGGAGUUGGCGGUGGUGGACUCAUCGGGUGUGGCUGAAGUAGGAGUAACAGUACCUGAUACCAUCACUGAGUGGAAGGCAGGGGCUUUCUGCCUGUCCAAUGACACUGGACUUGGUUUCUCUCUUCCUGCCUCUCUCCGAGCCUUCCAGCCCUUCUUUGUGGAGCUCACAAUGCCCUACUCUGUGAUCCGUGGAGAGGCCUUCACACUCAAGGCUACUGUCAUCAACUACCUCCCCAAAUGCAUCCGGGUCAGAGUUCAACUGGAAGCUUCUACAGCCUUCCUAGCAGUCCAAAACACAAAGGGAAAAGAAUCCUACUGCAUCUGUGUAAAUGAGCGACAAACCGUCUCUUGGGCUAUAACUCCUAAAACUCUGGGGAAUGUGAACUUCUCAGUGAGUGCAGAGUCAGUGCAGUCCCUAGAGAUGUGUGGAAAUGAGCUUGCUGAGGUCCCUGAGACAGGGAGGAAGGACACAGUCAUCAAAACCCUAUUGGUGGAACCUGAAGGUAUUGAGCAAGAAAAGACUUUCAACUCUAUGACUUGUGCUUCAGGUACUGAAAUAUCUGAGCAAUUAUCCCUGAAGCUCCCAGAAAAUGUUGUCAAACAAUCUGCCAGAGCCUCUUUCUCAGUUUUGGGUGACAUAUUAGGUUCUGCUCUGCAAAAUAUACAGAAUCUGCUCCAGAUGCCCUAUGGCUGUGGAGAACAAAACAUGGUCCUUUUCGCUCCUAACAUCUAUGUGUUGAACUAUCUGAAUGAAACCCAACAGUUGACCUCAGAGAUCAAGUCUAAAGCCAUUGGCUAUCUCAUCAGUGGAUACCAGAGACAGCUGAACUACAAACAUCAAGAUGGUUCCUAUAGCACAUUUGGGGAGAAAUAUGGCAACCAACAGGGCAACACAUGGCUCACAGCUUUUGUACUGCAGACUUUCGCCCAGGCUCGACCUUACAUCUUCAUUGAUGAAGCACACAUUACUGGAGCGCUCACCUCGCUGUCCCAAAAGCAGAAGGACAAUGGCUGUUUCAGAAGUUCUGGGUCACUGCUCAACAAUGCCAUGAAGGGAGGAGUGGAAGAUGAAGUGACCCUAUCUGUCUACAUCACUAUUGCUCUUCUGCAAAGUGCUCUUCCAGUCACUCAUCCUGUUGUGCAAAAGGCCCUGUUGUGCCUGGAGUCUGCCUGGAACACAGUGAAGGAGGGGACCGGAGGAAGCCACACCUACACCAAGGCAUUGUUGGCCUAUGCUUUUGCCCUCAUGGGAAACCAAGAUAGGAGAAGAGAAAUACUGAACUCUCUGGAUAAGGAAGCUGUAAAAGAAGAUAACUCAGUCCACUGGGAGCGAUCUCAAAAACCCAGUGCAACAGAAAGUUAUUUUUACCAGCCCCGUGCACCCUCUGCUGAGGUGGAGAUGACGUCCUACGUGCUUCUUGCUUAUCUCACUGCUCAGCCUGUCCCAAGUUCAGAGGACCUGACUUCUGCAUCACACAUUGUUAAGUGGAUCACAAAGCAACAGAAUUCUUAUGGGGGCUUCUCCUCUACCCAGGACACAGUGGUGGCUCUCCACGCCCUGUCUAGAUAUGGAGCUGCCACUUUCACCAGGAGUCAGAAAACUGCUCAGGUGACCAUUCGCGAUUCACAGACAUUUUCCACAAAACUCCAAGUGGACAGCAACAACCUCCUGUUACUACAGCAGGUCUCCUUGCCAGAGGUACCUGGAGAAUAUGUCAUAACAGUGACUGGAGAAAGAUGUGUGUAUCUUCAGACCUCCAUCAAAUAUAAUAUUCUUCCUGAGAAAGUAGACUCCCCAUUUGCUUUGGAGGUGCAGACUCUGCCCCAAACUUGUGAUGGAGUCCAAGCCCACACCAGCUUCCAGAUCUCAGUGAAUGUCAGUUACAGAGGGAGCCGCUCUGUCUCCAAUAUGGUGAUUGUGGAUGUAAAGAUGGUAUCUGGUUUUAUUCCCUUGAAACCAACAGUAAAAAUGCUUGAAAGAUCUAGCCACGUGAGCAGGACAGAAGUGAGCAAUAACCACGUCAUCAUUUAUGUGGAAGAGGUAACAGAUAAGACACUAAAUUUUUCCUUCACGGUUCUUCAAGACAUCCCAGUAAGAGAUCUAAAGCCAGCAAUUGUUAAAGUCUAUGAUUACUAUGAAACAGAUGAGUCUGCUACUGCUGAGUACAUCGCUCCUUGCACCACAGGUGCAGAACAAGAAAAUGUUUGAGGACCGUAUUUAGGCUACAUAGUUUGGUGGAUUCACUGUCCUGUACUUCUAUUUAGAAGAAGUCAAGUUGUUCAUUUCUGUAAAGCAGACAUCAAAAUGGCUUAUUGAAUAAAUAUAUAUUUCUGGUCAAGCCA